AUGGAAGAUUUGGGUGAAGUACAUAACUUGUAUGGAUCUGUAUCAGUUGUAGAGUUGCAAAAUGUGGUUGAUAGAAGGGAAGCUGUGAAGGCAAAGAUGAGGGAGAAGAAUCGUGUUGACAAGUUAUCAUUGGAGUGGAGUGAAAGUAGUAGUGCCGACAAUUCACAAACUGAAAGAGACAUACUUGAUGAGCUAUGCCCACAUAAAAACAUAAAAGAAGUCGAAAUCAAUGGAUAUAGAGGGACAACAUUUUCCAAUUGGCUAGCUGAUGCUUUGUUUCUUAAGCUAGUACAGUUGUCUAUUGAUAACUGCAAGAACUGUUAUUCCUUGCCAUCACUAGGAGAACUCCCUUGUUUAAAAUUCCUUUCGAUUAGAGGGAUGCAUGGAAUAACAGAGGUGACAGAAGAAUUCUAUGGUAGUUUGUCCUCCAAAAUGCCUUUUAACUCUCCUGUGGGGCUAAGAUUUGUAGAUAUGCCGGAGUGGAAGCAAUGGAACGUACUAGGAAGUGGAGAGUUCCCUACACUUGAGAAGCUUAAAAUUAAAAAUUGUCCUGAACUCAGUUUGGAGACACCCAUCCAACUUUCAUGUUUAAAAAGGCUUAAAGUUAGUGGUUGUCCUAAGGUUGGAGUUGUUUUUGAUGAGGGGAUGAAACAGAUUGAAGAAUUAUAUAAUAGUGAUUGUAACUCUGUUACCUCCUUUCCUUUUAGCAUACUGCCCACUACCUUGAAGAGACUAGAGAUAUCUGGUUACAAGAAAUUGAAAUUAGAGGUGCCAGUUGGAUAG